AAAAAGCAUGUUGUGCAAUCACAUGGACAAUUCUGAAAUGUCACUUGACAGUUUCGUCAAAAAGACGAAGAGAAAAAUACCAUUAGAUGGUGAAUGUGUCCAAGUCAGUAAAAACAAGAAAACAAAACACGAUCCGUCCAAUGUAAAAGUUGAGUCUGAAGAUUCUAAAAUAUCUCCGUCCAAUGCCACUGUUGAAUCUGAGGAUUCUAUAAUAUCUGAUGGCAAAGCAAAUGACUUAGAACAGACAGCUGUAGCCAUUCACAGCAUUGAUGCAAGUCCACGUGUGGAUGAAGACAGUCAAGACGACGUCGAUGCACAGCCGAAGUUGUUGACAGUGACUACGAAAUCGGAUCUGAAAUGGCGAAAAAUCUCGGGUGAAAAGUUAGAUUGUGACUACCUGCGACUGUAUUCUCGCCGUGAGGCGGACGAGCUAAUGUCCGAAUGUGAGAGGGUGAUUGAAUAUAACUCAGGACAUCUCGCCAGGGUGCAGAUCUUUGGCAAGUGGCAUGACAUUCCCAGAAAACAGGUUGCCCAUGGUGACUCUGGUCUGUCAUACUCCUUCUCUGGAAACACUGUCCAUGCCCGGCCAUGGCUACCCCUCCUUGCCUCCAUCAGAGACACGAUUUCAAGCGUCACUGGAAAGGAGUUCAACUUUGUUCUCAUUAACAGAUAUAAGGAUGGAUGCGACCACAUUGGUGAACACAAGGAUGAUGAGAAGGAUCUGGUCAGGGGCCACCCGAUUGCAUCACUGUCUCUGGGGCAACCUCGGGACUUUGUGUUCAAGCACCAGGAUGCUCGAGGCAAGAAUGCAUCACGGAAGAUCAAACCAGUCCAGAUUGAGCUGCAGCACGGCUGUCUUCUGAUGAUGAACCACCCCACAAACAGCUUCUGGUACCACUCCCUUCCCCAGAGGAAAAAACUUACAGGGGUCAGGAUCAACAUGACCUUCAGGAAGAUGGUGGUUCAGGACAGGUCAAAGUCCAAGAAGAAGUGAUCCUGCGUCAUGUUUCAGAACUUUGUGUUAAGAGAGGGUUGUCAGAGUACCAUAAAAACACCGGCCUCUGAAGCAGGAUAUCAGUAUAAAGGGCUGAUUUAUUUCGUUCUGGUUCAGAUUGAGCAGUUCAAAAGUUUCAUGUUCGAUGGAAAUAGCCCCUAGACAAUUUGGAGAAAUUGGCCCCAUAUUUUAGACAAACAAAAGUAACCAAAAAACUGAGGGUUUUAUAUCACACAUAAUUUCCUGAAAUACUCGCAAAAGUGUCAUAACUUACGCAAUAAAUUUGCUAAGAAAAUCUAUAUUCAGAAUGAGUAUUUACAAUAUAUUUUCUUAAAAAAUACUGACUGCUUCUCCACUAGUUGUUUAAGAUAAAAUGAGAAUAAAGUGACACUGAAAUAACUUUCAUAAAAUAGAAACUUGGAAUUUCAACUGUCUAUUUAAAGAUAGAUGUUGCAAUGCACAAAUGCCAUGACAACACACAAGCCAAUUAGAAAUUAGGAAAAACAAAACCCUGAAAACCAUGAUUUAGGUGGUAAAUAAUGAGUAAAGCUUGACUUAGGUUUAACUCGGUAAGCACAAUGCAGCCGAUCCGCUGCUCAGGUCACGAUCCACCCAUGCUUCUGUUACCCGCGACGGUGCUGUACCUCACCCAUGACGCUCAGUCUUCUCCCCACAGGCGAGAAAGUAAGACUCCCACCCUCCGUCUCAAGGCUUGUUCAUUUUUUUAAUUAUCAUUUCAUGUUGUACAUUGUAGUAAUGGAGGUACUUUUACAUUGUUUUAACAUAAAGAAUUUAUUGUCAAUAAAAUAUUGACCUGUUCCCCAA